AAACCUGCGGCCGCUCGGGCUGGGUCGGAGCUGCAGGGGGCCUGGGAGGAGAGAGGGGAGAAGAGAGAAGGAAGGAGAGCACCUGCCGGGAUGGCUGAGCUGGCUCGGCGAGCAGCCUUGGGGUUGCAGGCUCUUGUGGAAGAUGCUGCUGCUGCUUCCAGGCCGGCCAGAGCGGUUCUAACACCAUCGCCUCUCACCCUCUCCUCCCUGCGAAUCCCUAGAGAAACGUUCCUGGCCUUUCCGCCGCGACAUUCUCAGCCUGCAUCCCCCUACAGCCCAGGCAGCGCGCUCCCGCACGCUGGAGCACCGGGCGCCAACAGGACGCCCUCUCCCGCGCCGGCUCGCCCCUCUCUGCCCUGUUGCUGCUGCUCCUAUGACACCUCCGCCCCCACCAUCUCCAGCUCGGAGAGACGCCUCCCAGCCGCGGCCGGCGCUCGCUGCCCCGGGUCACGCGCGGAAGAGGGGCGCUAGUCCGCACCCCGCCCUCGGUAGGGGGCGUCCUGGAGCGGAGAGUGAGGCGAGUGGUAUAUGAGUAUGCGGGUAGCCCACCCUGAAGCCCAAGCUUCUCACUUGAGCCAGCCCCGCCUAGCCCCACUCGAUCCGGCGGCUGCCGAGCGAGCCCAUCUGUGGCUUCCGCGGCCGCCGCCUCCUUGCAUCCUUGCACCUCCUCGUCGACCCCUCCCUCCCGGGACCUGCAUCCUGCUCCACCAAUCAGAGUCCGACUGCCUCUUCCCACGUGACCCCGGGCGGGCUGAGGACCUGCUGCUUCCCAAACGCCAGAGGGAUGCGGGCGGCAGAGCUUGAUAGGCGGCUGCCGGGCUGCGGGGCGCCUUGACUCUCCCUCCACCCUGCCUCCUCGGGCUCCGCUCCUCUGCCCCGGACUCCCGUCUCCUCCUGUCCCCCCGCUUCCCAGAGUUCCCUCCUUAUGGCAGCAGCUUCCCGCGUCUCCGGCGCAGCUUCUCAGCGGACGACCGUCUCGCUCCCGGGGCUGAGCCCAGUCCCUGGAUGUUGCUGAAACUCUCGAGAUCAUGCGCGGGUUUGGCUGCUGCUUCCCCGCCGGGUGCCACUGCCACCGCCGCCGCCUCUGCUGCCGCCGUCCGCGGGAUGCUCAGUAGUCCGCUGCCCGGCCCCCGCGAUCCUGUGUUCCUCGGAAGCCGUUUGCUGCUGCAGAGUUGCGCGAACUAGUCAUGGUGCUGUGGGAGUCCCCGCGGCAGUGCAGCAGCUGGACACUUUGCGAGGGCUUUUGCUGGCUGCUGCUGCUGCCCGUCAUGCUACUCAUCGUAGCCCGCCCGGUGAAGCUCGCUGCUUUCCCUACCUCCUUAAGUGACUGCCAAACACCCACCGGCUGGAAUUGCUCUGGUUAUGAUGACAGAGAAAAUGAUCUCUUCCUCUGUGACACCAACACCUGUAAAUUUGAUGGGGAAUGUUUAAGAAUUGGAGACACUGUGACUUGCGUCUGUCAGUUCAAGUGCAACAAUGACUAUGUGCCUGUGUGUGGCUCCAAUGGGGAGAGCUACCAGAAUGAGUGUUACCUGCGACAGGCUGCAUGCAAACAGCAGAGUGAGAUACUUGUGGUGUCAGAAGGAUCAUGUGCCACAGAUGCAGGAUCAGGAUCUGGAGAUGGAGUCCAUGAAGGCUCUGGAGAAACUAGUCAAAAGGAGACAUCCACCUGUGAUAUUUGCCAGUUUGGUGCAGAAUGUGAUGAAGAUGCCGAGGAUGUCUGGUGUGUGUGUAAUAUUGACUGUUCUCAAACCAACUUCAAUCCCCUCUGCGCUUCUGAUGGGAAAUCUUAUGAUAAUGCAUGUCAAAUCAAAGAAGCAUCGUGUCAGAAACAGGAGAAAAUUGAAGUCAUGUCUUUGGGUCGAUGUCAAGAUAAUACAACUACAACUACUAAGUCUGAAGAUGGGCAUUACGCAAGAACAGAUUAUGCAGAGAAUGCUAACAAAUUAGAAGAAAGUGCCAGAGAACACCACAUACCUUGUCCGGAACAUUACAAUGGCUUCUGCAUGCAUGGGAAGUGUGAGCAUUCUGUCAAUAUGCAGGAGCCAUCUUGCAGGUGUGAUGCUGGUUAUACUGGACAACACUGUGAAAAAAAGGACUACAGUGUUCUAUACGUUGUUCCCGGUCCUGUACGAUUUCAGUAUGUCUUAAUCGCAGCUGUGAUUGGAACGAUUCAGAUUGCUGUCAUCUGUGUGGUGGUCCUCUGCAUCACAAGGACCAAACUUUAGAUAAUAGCAUUGGACUAAGAUUUGUAAACUUUCCAACCUUCUAGGAAAUGCCCCAGAAGCAACAGAAUUCACAGACAGAAGCAAAAUACAGGGCACUACAGUUCAGACAACACAACAAGAGCAUCCACGAGGUUAAUCUAAAGGGAGCAUGUUUCACAGUGGCUGGACUACCGAGAGCUUGGACUACACAAUACAGUAUUAUAGACAAAAGAAUAAGACAAGAGAUCUACACAUGUUGCCUUGCAUUUGUGGUAAUCUACACCAAUGAAAACAUGUACUACAGCUAUAUUUGAUUAUGUAUGGAUAUAUUUGAAAUAGUAUACAUUGUCUUGAUGUUUUUUCUGUAAUGUAAAUAAACUAUUUAUAUCACACAAUAUAGUUUUUUCUUUCCCAUGUAUUUGUUAUAUAUAAUAAAUACUCAGUGAUGAGAAAAAAUUGGCAUUCUUAAAUUUGCGGUAUCUCAUAACUGUAAACAUAAUCAGACUAGUACAAUCUGUACAGCUACCAAUAUUUCAUGUUUCUUCUCAUCUUGAGACAGCACAUUAGUUUGUACAGGACUCAGUGGCUAGGUUUUGAGUGAUUCCAAGAUCAAGGGAAAUGAUGGUUAUUGGAAAAGAGAAAAAAUAAUUUACUUUAUAUCGAGUGAGGAUAAAAUAUUUCAGAUCUUUGAAUCAUCUCUAUUUCAUCAACUUUCUUCCCUGGCCUUCCAUUUUCAUCCCUAGAGCAGAAAGAUCUCUGGCAUAUAAACUAAAUAAAAGAAGAAGGGGAAGGAAAGUGUUUUAUAACUCAUAAAGGAGAGGGAAAGAAGAUAUUGGUUUUUAUUGGGGAAGUAGCUUAGAAUCCCCCAGUUAAGUGCAUGUACCUGAAGGAUACUGAACAAGUUACAUACUAGGUAUACACAGAGUGGCAAAAUAUAUUCCAUUUAGGGGGGUGGAAUUACCAGGGGAAAAACGUAAUAAUACCAUUAAAUGUGAAACACCAAAGUCGUGAUUUCUCAAGAGCACCAUACUAUAUUUAUAGUAUAUAGCUCUUUGAAAAGAAGUUAGAAUCACAACCAAUACCCUAUGAAUAGUUUUAUGGCUAAUGCAGCACCGUAAUUUGUAAGGGAUGAUGACAAUAUUUCAUGAAAACAGAGAUAUGUUAUGAGCAUAUAUAUAUGGUGAGGUAAGAAAGAAAAUUAAUCCUAUAGCAUCUGAAAGACCUCACUGGGAAGUUGGUAUGGAUUUUUGUUUGAUUUGUGCAUACAAAUAGGUAUCACAACUUGGUUUGGAAAAACUAAGCUGUGAAAAGUCUCAAGGAAUAAGAUGAAAAUAAAUCAAUUAUUAUCAUUUAGCUCUGCAAAGCUUUCCAUGGCUAACACAGUAAAUUUAAAUAAAGCUCUCUUUGUCUCCUUCAAA